CGCCUACAAAUACCAAACUUUCUUUCUUUCGAACAUCUGGCCCAAACCUAAAGAGAGAAAACAAGAGUCGUUAGCACAGUAUGGCUGUACGAAGUCAAUCAACCAGCAACAGGCCCGAGAGGUUCCAGAUUAGUGUUAAUGACGACGGCGACCUCUACAUGUUCAUGGAUACAUGGAAUGGAGACACGAUUGCCAAUUUCUUGACCCGUCUAGCGAACACUACAUCACCAAAGCUCGUCCGCAAGAACAUACACUUGAGCUUUGACGGCGUUCGUCUGGGCGAAUCGACAACAAUCUUUGAGGUUAGUCUCGACCCCUAUGUUGACUGCGACAUCCUAACGCGGGCAAUGCAGACCGGUCUAGCAGAUGGUGAUGAGCUAGCCCUUCACUACAGACCAAAGGAUGGAAAAGACGAAUGCCAGUCAUGUAACGGUUCACACAACGGCACUGGAUACAUGACUCGUCAGAACGGUUGAUUCCAUUCA